GGUGUGAUCAAUGACUGGAGGAAGUUUAAGUGUGAGGACCAGGACACCCUUCCCAGCAAGAAGGAGCUCCUCAGACAGAUGUCCAACCCCCAGAGCGAUGACAUCCCCGACAGACUCAACCGCAAGAUGAGUGUCCAGGAGUAUGAAAUGAUCGCAGAGGAGGACGAGAAGUGCCUGCGCAAGUAUCGGCAGCAGUGCAUGAAGGAGAUGCACGAGCGUCUCAGCUUUGGCCCUAAGUUCGAAAGCGUGGUGGAUUUGGACAGCGCCGAGGCCUUCCUGGAGCUCAUUGAGAAGGCGCACAGGCUCACCCUGGUGAUCGUACACAUCUACGAGGACGGGGUCAAAGGUUGCGAGGCACUCAACUCCUGCCUGGACUGCCUGGCCACCGAGUACCCUAGCAUCAAGUUCUGCCGCAUCCAGGCGGCCGCAACAGGUGCCGGCGAGCGCUUCUCAGACAACGUGCUGCCCACCAUUCUGGUGUACAAGGCAGGCGAGCUGCUAGGCAACUUCCUGUCCAUGACACAGCACCUCAGCGAGGAGUUCUUCGCUACCGAUAUCGAGGCGUUCCUCAGCGAGUACGGCCUGCUGCCCGAGAAGGAGUUUGCGGCCUGUCCUGAUGAGGAGGCAGGUGUGGAGGUGGAAUAAGGGUCUUAAUAGGGUGUCAGUGACAGUCAGUGCACAUUUCUGAACCUAUUAGCCUUCUAGGCUGCUGUAAAUGCUAUCUUUUUAGUUAACAGUAUCCACUAUCCAGUCAAGGUCGUUUAAGUUUAUCACAGGCAGCGUACAUUAACAUCGGCAAAGCUACAGAUUUCAGACAUCAGCUCAAUACUGUAUGUGUGUAUCACUAUAACAUGAUUUUAUUCUCUAUGUGGGUGUGAUUGAUUAGUGGAUAAUAUUGCAAUCUUUGUUAAAGGUUGUGUUGGCGACACAGUAUAUGAUCCUGCGGUUGGAGUAAUGAACCCCCUUUCAGGGCUUGGGCUUGUUUAUCACUACUGACCCAAUGUAUUCUGUGCUAUAUUUUCAUGUUUGAAUUCAAUAGGGUUAAAGUUGUU